UCAUCGUUCUCCUGCUUGUCUACGCUUGAGUGGAUUCAUUUCUGGGCCUGCGCUCAAGCUGCUGCCAUUGUCUAAUCUCUUCUGCCCGCGGCCGUGCUAGCUGCCUUUGCUCCUCGCGCCGCCUCCUACCGCGCCCACGCAGACAGCAGGUUCUGAGCGCCCCGCGACGUGAUAUUAUACCCACCGCUUUCUUUUCCUUCGCGACCGCUGCUCAACUGCCCUUUCGUUCUACUCUCCGCACAUUCCUUGUUCUGCUCGCCAUGUCUUUUCCAUUUAGUGUCUUUGGAAGCACACCACCACGCCCCCGCAUCCAGCUCACCCAGGUACCAACACCCCCACGUCCUCUAGAUGAAUACGACGAAAAUGCCUCUGACUGCGACCAAGAGGAGCAGCCCGUUCAUUCGGGCACGCAUCUUGACCAUCCUCAUCUGCGCACUCCCUUCAUUUCUUCUGCACCCUCCUCUCCCGACCUCAGCGCCCAGGCUGCGGAGCGCCUCUCCGACCGCACCCUGCUCUAUCCUCACUCUGGCGGCUUCGCAGGUUAUGUUCAUACUCCCUAUUCGACCGCAUCGAACACGCCGUUGCCAUCGCGUACGCCCUCUCCCUCGCCGUUCUUCUACUCUUCGGGCGUGUCGUCUUGCAGUUCGGACAGUGACAGCGAGCAUGAAGACGUGCCCUUCACGGCACGAAAUGCACAUCUUCGGUCAUCACAAUGGAGAGAAGAGCGACGUCGUUGGUGGAUUAUGGGCGCGGUACGGAGACGCCGAAGGAGAGAGCGCAUGGGUGGUUGGAGGACGGUCAAGAGAGCGAUAAGACUUCUCAUCCGCCAUCCAUUCUUUCCCAAGACCCCCAUUACCAUUUUGCUCACCCUCCUUCUCCUUACAAUCUUGGGCGUGUCAAUCACGUUCCUAAUGAUCUAUAUCCUAAAUCCUGACAAAGAGCCUCUUCCAUGGCGCGGCUACUGUACCAUCCCGCAAUUCUCCACUGCACCUCCCUCCUACGACCUCCCGACGACCGCAUCGUUCCCGCAUUCCCUACCAGAGAACUUCACUCCUCCGACAUUCCCAUCGGUAGAUCUGGAUACCCUCUCCCCGGCGGGAGUGUUCGUAGGCGUGUUCUCGAUGGACAACGCGGUGGAGCGUCGAAUGCUCAUCCGCUCGUCGUGGGCGAGCCACCAGCGCAGCCGGGACGGAGCAGGCGAGGGUGACGGGGGCGUCGGAACGUCUCGGACGAUCGUUCGCUUCAUCCUUGGCCAGCCGCGCAAGGAAUGGCAACGGCGGAUUAUGCUCGAGAAUGAAGUGUACAAAGAUAUGAUCAUAUUACCUGUCGCGGAGAACAUGAACAACGGCAAGACGUAUGCGUACUUCUCGUGGGCAGCGCAGCACGCGUGGGUGCCGCCGCUCUAUUUCGAUACGUUUGAGCGCGUACCACAGGGCUUGUCGUACGCGAACAAGGCGCAUUAUGUUGGAGCACCAGCCGCGCAUGAUCCGAUACAAGCUCGGCAAGACUUCGCCACGGGCCACCCACAACUGUGGGUAAGACCCGACUACGUGGUGAAGACAGAUGAUGAUUCAUUUGUCAUACUGGCGGAGCUAGAAGCACGAUUGCGCGUCGAACUGCAUGCGAAGCCUCAGAAGCACCCACGCGCUGACAACGGCACAGAGUUCUCGACUUCUGCGUCCGCUUCUGACUCUCAGGGCUCGUUUGAUUCCACAAUUUUGGCGCAGUCGGCCUCGAUCCUGGACUCAGCCACUACUCCAGACCUCACGUUCUCUGCUGCUUCUACUGCGGCGCGCGUGGAUGCUUUCGUUGCACCUACUACGACGCAGACAGAGCGCGCUCCGUCAUCUCCAGUGAAUGAAGCGUUAUCUUCUACGGACCCGCUUAUUUUCUGGGGCUAUCUCGUCAAAAACCGCUUCAUGGCUGGCGAGUUGUACGCACUGUCGUGGAGUUUGGUAGAUUGGAUCGCGCAUGACCCGCAGGUAGCGGAGUUGAAGAAGGGCGCAGAGGACAAGCAGACGAGCAAGUGGAUGCGACUACAUCCCAGAGCGGACGAGGUUCGGUGGACGAGCGAGCGGUGUUGGAUCUACGACCAUCCCCGAGCGAGCACCGUAUACUCUCACGGUUUCCUCUUCCCAUCUGAGGCGAGGCGAGUGCAGGAAGGCGUCAUGGACGACAUUUCGCGCUCGGUACCGCUGGAGCUCGCUGCCCAGACUACGGGCGCGAUCCCAUCGCCGUUUGGUCUCAAUGCGCCUAUUCCGUCUACGUGGUCACGGUCGACGGUGUCCAAGUUCGGCACUCGUUACAGUCCACCAUUACCCUACCUGGACCAGGACACCAGCAUUGAGGCACUCGUAGAGGGCAGCGAGAUGUCCAGGCUGACUGAAUCCAGCGGGGUCAACCCGUGGACGGUAUGGCAGCGCCGUGAGGGCAGACUUGCGAAGUACGAGAACAAGCGCGUUGGCGGGACGAUCGUCGUGCACUUCAUCAAGAAGAAUAUGUGGUUCCUCGAGACAGCCGCGGCAUUUCUCCUGGGCGAGGACAGGACGGAGGCAGAGCGCGCACGCCAUUGGGCGCAUAAUCACCGUGUGAGACCAUCGUCGGGCAGGCCCGCAGAUGUUACGAGCCCGUUGGAUGAAGAGACCUUGGUGGACGAUGCUUCCGCUGCGUCUGAUCAGCAUCAAGGACAAAAUGCGAUUAUGAAGAGACAUCGGCAUCGAUAGCGCACGAACGCCUUCCCGUCCAUAUUCCGCCCAUGACGCGCCUCACUUCGCCAGCAUAACCUGCAUGGCGCGUCCUUGUAAAAUAUAUUGGCCAGAGUCAUCGUAUUUCCCAGCCGCAUAUCCUCGUCUCAUCUAGUGGUCACCGUGGGUUUUAUGUCUACCAAAUCGUAAUCGCAUGGCCUGCACGGAU